AUGAAGACCUUUGCCAUCACAGCCGUCCUUGCGGCAUCCGUCGCCGCGACACCCGCCACCACCACUGUCCAGAAGCGCGCCAUCACACCGGUUACGGUCAAGGGAAACGCUUUCUUUGCUGGCAAUGAGCGUUUCUACAUCCGUGGUGUCGACUAUCAGCCAGGUGGCUCGUCCGAUGCGAAGGACCCCAUUGCUGAUGCUGCUGGCUGCAAGCGCGACAUUGCCAAGUUCAAGGAGCUUGGAAUCAACACUGUCCGCGUCUACACCAUCGACAACGCUGCCAAGCACGACGAGUGCAUGAACGCGCUCGCCGACGCUGGCAUCUACCUCGCUCUCGACAUCAACACUCCCAAGUACUCGCUCAACCGAGCGGACCCCCAGGUUUCGUACAACAAGGUCUACCUCCAGAGCAUCUUUGCUACUGUCGAGUUGUUUGCCAAGUACGACAACACUCUGCUCUACUUCUCCGCCAACGAGGUCAUCAACGACGAUGCGACCACCAACACGGCUCCUUACGUCAAGGCCGUCACCCGUGACAUCAAGUCUUACAUCAACGCUCGCGGUCUCCGCAAGAUCCCCGUCGGUUACUCUGCCGCUGAUGUCGAGUCCAACCGCUACGAAAUGGCUGCGUAUAUGAACUGCGGUGACGAUGCCGUCCGCAGCGACUUCUUUGGCUUCAACGACUACUCUUGGUGCGACCCGUCCUCGUACACCAUCUCCGGCUGGGACCAGAAGGUAGCCAAGUUCAAGGACUACAGCAUUCCUAUCUUCCUUUCCGAAUACGGCUGCAACAAGAAUGCUCGCAAGUUCGAGGCAGUCAAGAGCCUUUACGGAACCGACAUGACUGGCGUCUACUCUGGCGGUCUGGUCUACGAAUAUUCUCAGGAAGAGUCCAACUACGGCUUAGUCGAGCUCAAGGGCAACACCGUCACCGAGCGUUCGGACUUUGGUGCUCUCAAGAGCGCGUUUGCCGGUACCAAGAACCCCAGCGGCGACGGUGGCUACAAGUCCAACGGCCAGGCCUCCAAGUGCCCGUCUGAGUCCAAGACCUGGAACGUUACCCUGGCCGCCGACAAGCUCCCCUCUGUUCCCGAAGGCGCCGAUGAGUUGUUCAAGAAGGGCGCCGGUGCUGGCCCCGGUCUCAAGGGCGACGGUAGCCAGAGCGCUGGAUCCAAGUCCACCAACCUGGCUAACGCUGCAGACGGUGCGGUCACCUCGGGAUCUACCACAGGAGGAGGCGCCAAGUCAAGCAGCAGCAAGGGUGCUGCUGCGUCUCUCCGCGCUGGCGAGUUCUCCAUGGCUCCUUAUGUCUGUGGUGCCAUCGUGCUUGUCUCUUCUCUGUUUGGUGGAGCUCUUAUCUUGUAA